AUGGCUUCAUUAUCCGUCUUCCCGUUCCACGUGGGCGAGGCUUCAAACGACCGUGUCAAGCUUAUCCCCUUCAAUCCAGAACAACACUGCGAAACCUUCUUCAAAAAAUCAUCGGCCCAUCCCGAGAUAUACACACACUUGCCAAUACUACCCUCGGCCUCGGCAACGGAACUCAAAUCUCGAUUCUACAGUAAUUCCACAACCCAUAUCCUCUCCUUCGCCAACCCAGAAUCAUUCGCUUUUGCAAUUAUAGACAAGACAAAGCCGCCAUCCCCGGAAGACCCGGAAGGUGAACUCGCUGGCACUGUGAGCUUUAUCCGCACAUCACCGACGAAUCUAUGCACGGAGAUUGGAUUCAUUGUCAUCCUGCCUCCGUACCAGCGAACCCAUGUGGCAACUAAUGCCGUUGGAAUCGCUCUACAGCUUGCCUUUAAGUCUACAGAGAAAGGAGGCCUUGGAUUAUGCAGAGUACAUUGGUCGGCUAGUACGAUGAAUCUUGCUAGUUCUCGACUUGCGCAGAGGAUGGGAUUUGAGAAGGUUGGGAUCAUACCUUGGCAUAUUCGGUUCGUAAAAGGGAAGAUACAUGGAAAAGUUGGAAAUGGUAGGGAGAUACCUCCUGGAGGUGAUCCUGAGGAUUUGUGGAGAGAUACACUGAGUCUUACUCUGGGAUGGGAUAGGUGGGAAAAUGGCGCGAGGGAAAUGGUGGCGAAGGCUAUGGAGAGAUGA